UGGUGGAAUUCGCCUCCUUACACAAGAAUGGCGUAUUGAACGGCACUCGGAUAUGCGAGGCUCAUUUCAGCAAAGAAUGUUUUCGACUCCAUACACCGAGAAAGAGAUUGUUGUGGGAUGACGCGGUUCCCACGAUUUAUCCCAGCGAUAUCCCGAGCAGAACCGAUACUUCUUCACCUUAUGUUAGCCAAAAGGACGAGAAGAAGCAACACAGAGCGAACCAAGAAGUUCAGGAUAGACCACGCAUGGAUUAUUCUGUUAUACAGAACAGCAGGGAGCCGAAACGUGAGCUCCAGUCAAUGGAAGCCGUGAUGGAGGUUAAGGAGUCAGAGACAGCCACAAUGGACGUUAAGGAGUCAAUUUCAGCCGCAAUGGACGUGAAGGAGUCCAUGUCAGCCAUGAUGGAAGUUAAUGAGUCAGAGUCAAAAGAAGCCGUUGUGGACAUUAAGGAGUCACAGGGAGCUGUUAUGGAACUCAAGAGGCAGUCUUCCUCCUCUGGCGGCCAGGGGCGGGACAGAGACCGGGAGUCGGACAGCUAUCUCCAGCACCUCCAGUGUCCACACUGUCUGCUCCAGUGUAAGAGCCACUGCAGCUACCUCAUCCACAUCGCUAAGAUCCACCCAAGCCGCCUGGAUGACACGCCUGUGGGUCGCCUGGGCAACGCCAUCUUCUACCAGCGCACGGCACGGCUGUUCCACUGCAGCGUGUGUUUCCACACGGCCAGGGAGUUCCCUCGCCUCUACGACCACCUGCUCACCUGCCACUGCCUCUCUGGGAAGGGCCAUGGAGAGGGGGGAGAAGAGGGUGGUGAGGAGGGAGAAGGGGAUGAGCGUAGGGGGGCGGGGGGAGAAGAACAGGAAGGUAUCAGUGUAGACGUGCUGUCAAAAGACAGUAGUCAUCCUCUCAGUGAGCCCAAGGCAGAAGAGGAGGAUGAGGACAAAGGAGGAGUGAAGCAAGAGGAGGAAGGUAGGAAAAGAGGACUAGAGGAGAUGGAGGGAGGCGAGGACAACGAAGAGGACUCCCGCUCAGCCGGCAGCCCCAUGAAACGAAAGAGAAGCUCUACGGCAGGCAGUGAGGAAGAUGAUCACGACGAAGAGGAAGAGGAGGAGCUACAGACCAACAACAACAAAAAAAGUGACAAACACAAAAAGCAGGAAGAGGCCUUCCUGACCAAAUAUAUCCAGCGCCAGGGGGGUCGCUACAACUGUCGCCUGUGCGGCAAGCGCUCCAAGAUGAAGGGCCAUGCCAUCUACCACGUGAGCUACAAGCACGACGUGCCCAAACCUUACUGCUGUAAAGAGUGUAGCAAGGCCUUCAUACUAGAGUAUUCGCUACUCAAACAUAUCUACCACAACCACAGACAGGGCAUGUACCGCUGCCUCUUCUGCCCCUUCAGCUCUGACGUGGUGUGGGGCAUAAAACGCCAUGGCAACCGCUGCAAUGCCCGAAGCGGGGAGGGGGAGGAGGGGGAGGGCAGCAAUGGAGAAGAGUGAUUGGUUAAUGGUUGCUAACACAUACUGUACCUUGGUAAUCAGGAGAAGGGACAAUACAGCCAGGCCUACAUUAUCUAGGUUCUAGAAUCUCUUUGCAUUGUGCAUCUACUAGGCUAGUAACCCUAGGUACAGUAGAUUCUCAGUGAAGUAUGUAUUUACUUCCUCUGUACACACAGUGAUGAAGAAUGAUGUACUUUGUCAUUCUGUUGACUUUUCCUGAUAUACUUCUGUGGAGCAGAUGGACUCAAAUGUAGAAUAUGUACUUUGUGAACUCGCAAAUAGCCGUAAUAUGUACAUGACAGCUAUUGAUGACUCAUAAUGCUACACAAUGAAACUAUCAACUGACAAAACAUGUUUUUUGUGUGUUUUUUACCUGCCUUUGUAUUAUCUUUAUUACCUGGGAUGUGUUUGUAUCUUGGAAAACAAUACAAUAAAAAGAAUACAUAAAUUUUAGGUACAAUUUAGCCGACUUCCUCUGCCAUAGAAGUCUAGACACACACCCACACCUGCAGCACAGGAGGUGUGAAACAAACCGUUUGCAUCCUGUGCUGCAGGUGUGUGUGUGAUUUUGGGCUGUUCCUUACACCUCUCCACUGUGGUUUCCUGAACUAACAACAGCUUUUUGUUGUGAGUAGGCUACAGCAGUGUCUCACAACCCAUUCUUGUAUUUCAUACACUGAACAAAAAUAAACCCCACAUGUAAAGUGUUCGGUUUCAUGUGCUGAAAUAAAAAAUCUCAGA